UUAUAUGAAUAAGAACGAGACAGCAGUGAGGGAAGAGAUGGUUCACCUGGCCAACUUUAUAGACAGCAUCUACAUACAGCUGAAUGUUCGGGUGGUGCUGGUUGGUCUGGAGAUCUGGACUCAGCAGAACCUGAUCAGCACCGAGGGGGGAGCCGGAGAGGUGCUGAGUCGCUUCACCCAGUGGAGAGAGAAAGACCUGGUCCCUCGCCGCCGCCAUGACUCAGCACAACUCAUCUUGAAGAAGAGUUUCGGGGUAACAGCAGGGAUGGCUUUCGUCUCCACAGUCUGCUCCAGGAGUCACGGGGGCGGGAUCAACGCGUUUACCAAUAACAACAUUCCCUCGUUUGCCUCCAUCGUGGCUCAUGAACUGGGCCACAACCUCGGGAUGAACCACGACAACGGGCGCUCCUGCACCUGCCCCACCGGCGCCUGCAUCAUGAACUCUGGAGCCACAGGAUCCAGAAACUUCAGCAGCUGUAGUGCUGAUGACUUUGAGAAGAUGAUCUUGUCGACGGGGGGAACGUGUCUCUUGAACGUCCCUCGUCCUGACGAGGCCUACAGCGCCCCCUUCUGUGGUAACAGGCUGGUGGACAUGGGGGAGGAGUGUGACUGUGGCUCAGAGAAGGUGUGUGGCUCAUAGUCCGAAAAAAAACUCUGCAGUGUAUACGUGAAUAUUCUCUGUGAUUUACAAGUUAUUCAUUUGUGAUCAGGGUUGGG